CGUGCGCGGUAGUCUGGGUGGUGCGAGUGUGUUACGUAGGCGAAAGUGCGCUCGAGCUCCUACGUGGGACAAGAGAAACGUUUUAGAACUGGACACAGUGCAAGAAUAUACAAGAUUUGUAUAUACUGGAAUUGAUCAUACGGAUGUUUAUGUUGUCCGUUGUGCGUUCGAGACCUAGUUCAGCCGCCUGGAACGCCGGCACUUGAGUGUUUUGCGAGUGUUAAUAUUUACAUAACCGUUACAGUUUCGGAGUGCGCGUGCUGGCGAAGAGAGAGCGCGCGUGAGGAUCUCAGCAACUAAAUAUAUACAUACUCAACAAAUAAUUUAUAUCUGGAUCCGUUAUUGAGACAAACUGAUAACGUAAUAUCGCAUUUCUUGACAUUUUCUUAAUUUUUGUGAUUCAGGAAAAAAAAACAAGUUAUACAACAGGGAAGUACGGUACAGUGCACAGCGCGGUCCUAAAGCCCGUCGAGUAUCCGGCUGCGCACUUGUACAACGCACUUGUAGCCAAAUGGUUCUCUUGUGGACGCUGUUUAAAAGCUCCGACAGCAUGGAAAGCGUUUUGUUAGAGCAAGGAUAAUUUCAUUCGCUUAAAGAACUGAACACUUUGAUCUUUUUUUUUGCAUAAACCAUAACUGAGCACACGUUUUUUUCCUCCAUCACGUUUUUUGGGACUGCACAGAUUGCUGAAAAAACAGAAGAAAUAUUGAAUCUUAAAGAGUUUGUCCGGUGAAGUAAUGGUCGUAAAUACAAUCCACUGGUUUAGGAAGGGCUUGAGGCUCCACGACAAUCCAUCCCUUAAAGAGUCGAUCUGGGGAGCCGAUACUGUGCGCUGUGUUUACAUCCUCGACCCCUGGUUUGCUGGAUCGUCCAACGUCGGGAUCAACAGGUGGAGGUUUCUGCUACAGUGUCUGGAGGACUUGGAUGCCAGUCUUCGCAAACUCAACUCCCGCUUGUUUGUAAUCCGGGGCCAGCCCACAGAUGUGUUCCCCAGGCUCUUUAAGGAGUGGAACAUCACCCGGCUGUCUUACGAGUAUGACUCCGAGCCGUUUGGGAAGGAGCGAGAUGCAGCCAUUAAAAAGCUGGCCAGCGAGGCCGAAGUGGAGGUGACAGUACGGAUCUCACACACGCUCUAUGAUCUGGACAAGAUCAUAGAGCUCAACGGUGGCCAGUCUCCACUCACCUACAAGCGCUUUCAGACCCUCAUCAGCAGGAUGGAGGCAGUGGAGACCCCGGCCGAGGCCAUCACAGCAGAAGUCAUGGGCUCCUGCACAACUCCUCUUUCUGACGAUCAUGACGAGAAGUUUGGGGUGCCUUCCCUUGAGGAGCUUGGUUUUGACACAGAGGGGCUGUCCUCAGCAGUGUGGCCCGGGGGAGAAACCGAGGCCCUUACACGGCUCGAGAGACAUCUAGAGAGAAAGGCAUGGGUGGCCAACUUCGAGCGUCCCAGAAUGAACUCCAAUUCGCUGUUGGCUAGUCCUACUGGCCUCAGUCCUUACUUAAGGUUUGGCUGCCUCUCGUGUCGGCUCUUCUACUUCAAACUCACUGACUUGUACAGGAAGGUAAAGAAGAACAGCUCGCCACCUCUGUCGCUCUACGGCCAGCUGCUGUGGCGUGAGUUCUUUUACACAGCCGCCACAAACAACCCACGCUUCGACAAAAUGGAAGGCAACCCCAUAUGUGUUCAGAUCCCAUGGGACCGCAAUCCAGAGGCACUGGCCAAGUGGGCUGAGGGCAGGACAGGCUUCCCCUGGAUCGAUGCCAUCAUGACCCAGCUGAGGCAGGAAGGGUGGAUUCACCACCUGGCACGUCAUGCCGUGGCCUGCUUCCUCACACGUGGAGACUUGUGGGUCAGCUGGGAGGAAGGCAUGAAGGUGUUUGAGGAGCUGUUGCUGGAUGCAGACUGGAGUGUGAAUGCAGGCAGCUGGAUGUGGCUCUCCUGCAGCUCGUUCUUCCAGCAGUUCUUCCACUGCUACUGCCCGGUGGGGUUCGGCCGCCGCACCGACCCUAACGGCGACUACAUACGACGGUAUUUACCUGUGCUGAGAGGAUUUCCUGCCAAGUACAUCUAUGACCCGUGGAACGCCCCGGAGAGUGUGCAGAAGUCCGCGAAGUGUGUGAUCGGUGUGCACUACCCCAAGCCCAUGGUGCACCAUGCAGAGGCCAGCCGUCUCAACAUAGAGCGCAUGAAGCAGAUCUACCAGCAGCUGUCCUGUUACCGCGGCCUGGGACUGCUGGCUACAGUGCCAUCCAACCCUAACGGUAACGGUGAAAACUCCACAAGCAUGAUGGGAAUUCCCACUACAGAUGCCACCCAGGACACUGCUGCGUCCUCAGGGUACCAGAUGCCUGCUAACUCUCAGGGGGAGUGGCCCAGUGGCAUGAUGCUGUAUUCCCAAGGAGACACACAAUUCAGCUGUAACACACAACAAGGUUAUUCAGGCAGCAGUAGUGGGAUGAUGUGCUACAGACAGGAAGCUCAGCAGAUUCCUGGCCCCGUGUUAAUACAAGGGCGGGGACAUCACCCCAGCACUGUACUGACCUCUGGGAAACGUCACAACCAGGACUCUGGUCCUACCACAGGCUCGAAAGUCCAGAGACAGCACAGUCCUUAAACAGGUUCUCACAUGACCACACUGUCCUGGAGCUCACACACACAGACAAGCACAUACACUAGUGUGUGUUAAAACAAGUGAUUGAGUAUGUAAACAUAUAUUAACUAAUUAAGGGGAAUCAGGGUGUUUUUUUUGUUUUGUAAGCACUCCUUCACACUUGUACUACACUCAAACUCCAGCCAAGUUUGAAAUGAAUGAAUGAAUGAAUGAAUAAAUAAAUAAAUAGCUCCUCCUUGACGUGACAAUGUUCUAAUCUCAGUGAGUGUUAGAACUUCUCUUGGAACAGAACUUUGCUGUAUAUAUGAAUUUGUUUAAUACUCGCAAACACUCUGUAUAUUUGCUAUUGUAUGUGCUUUCUCUUUCAUUUAGUCUUCGACCCACUGAUAUAUUUUUGAUAUAAAUUAUCAUUGAGGAUCAGCUGUAAUUCUUUUCUUUUUGUAGAUUGUGUUUACUGUGCACAGUGAGGACCUUCUCUCCGUCUUUCCUUCUUUCUCUGCCUUGCUCUCUGACCCGUUUCACAUUGUCACUCUGGCCGUCUUUCCUUCUUUUCCUGUUCUCUAUCGACCUUCUUAUAACGCGUCUUCACACAUAGUCGUCAUCUGUUUUAUUAAAACGAUGUUAUUCAUCACAUUGUGCAAAUUGUCUACUCUUGUGUGCUUGUUUAAUAAAAAUACAGUGUAAAUAA